AUGGCCGCUCAAAUAGAAUCCAUUCGUUCCCUUCUCCUGGGCAACCCCGUCGCCGCUGCCAUUGGCGAUGCGCUCAACUCCUUUUCUGAGCGCAGAGCAAAGCUCGGCCUCUCCAAUCCUGGCAACAUGGAGGGCUUGUCCAAGGAGGUCCAGCGCGAUGUUCUGCUCAACAACUACAUGUUCACAGGUAUCCGUGCCGACCUGACCAAGAUCUUCAGCAUGGCUCCGCUCUUCCAGGUUUCUCACCAGUUCGCCAUGGGAGAGCGCAUCAACCCGUACACAUUCGCCGCCAUGUACGGCACUGGCAAGGUAUUCUGCCAAGGCAACAUAGACAACGAGGGCUCCCUCUCCGGACGAUUCAACUUUCGAUGGACCGAUAAGCUCGUUUCCAAGUCUCAACUUUCCAUCACGCCCGGCGGCCAGGAUAUGGCGCAGUUCGAGCACGAAUACAACGGCGACGACUUCAGCGCAUCUCUCAAGAUGCUCAACCCUUCUCUUCUUGAGGGCGGCAUGACUGGCAUCUACAUUGGCAGCUACCUGCAAUCCGUCACCCCCAGACUCGCUCUUGGCAUGGAGACUCUGUGGCAGCGACCUGCUCUGACCCAAGGACCCGAAUGCGCCGUCUCUUACUGUGCCCGAUACAAGGCUGAUGACUGGAUUGCUACUGCUCAAUUGCAGACCGCCAUGGGCACCCUGAACACCUCAUACUGGCGAAGACUCUCCGACAAGGUCCAGGCUGGUGUUGACCUGAGUCUCGGCCUCGUCCCAUCACCCGGCGGCUUGAUGGGUGGUGGCCUGCAGAAGGAGGGCGUCACCACCAUUGGCGCCAAGUACGACUUCCGCAUGUCCACGUUCCGUGCCCAGGUCGACUCCAAGGGCAAGCUGAGCUGCUUGUUGGAGAAGCGUGUUGCGCCUCCCGUCAUGAUGACCUUUGCCGCCGACGUUGACCACUUUACGCAACAAGCCAAGAUUGGCCUGGGUGUCUCUAUCGAGGCAGCUCCCGAAGAGCUCCAGGACCAGCAGGAAGCCCUCGGCGCCCAGUCGGCCCCCAACAUCCCCUUCUAA